AUGAGUGCCAAAAAGUCUCCAGAAGAACUGAAGGGCAUUUUUGAAAAAUAUGCAGCCAAAGAAGGUGAUCCAAACCAACUGUCCAAGGAGGAGCUCAAGCUAUUGCUUCAGACGGAAUUCCCCAGUUUGCUGAAGGGUCCAAGCACCCUCGAUGAGCUUUUUGAAGAACUAGACAAGAAUGGAGAUGGAGAAGUUAGUUUCGAAGAAUUCCAGGUGUUGGUGAAAAAGAUAUCCCAGUGA